CGGGCCGCGAUGUCGCCGCCAGGCCCAGGUGCGGCCGGGCCCGGGCCCGGGGCCGUGUCCGUGCUGCGCUCUGUCAACACGCGGGAGCUCUCCGAGGUCGUGUUCAACAACCACAGCCCCCGCUGCGUGCUGCCCGUCUGGCUGGAUUUCGAGGGCCGGCCGCGCCGCUACCCGGUCCUGCGGCCGCGCAGCGGGCGCGUCAUGCGCAGCUACCGGGGGCACCUCUGGCUGUUCCGGGAUGCAGGGACCAAUGACGGGCUGCUCGUCAACCAGCAGGAGCUGUUCGUGGCAGCCCCCAAUGUGACCAAAGCUGACAUCACACUGCCAGUGUUCACCCUGAAGGAGAGAUGUCUGCAGGUGGUGCGCAGUCUGGUCAGCCCAAUGGACUACAGGAAACUGGACAUUGUUCAGUCCUUAUAUGAAGAGCUGGAGGAUCAUCCUGAUAUUUGGAAGGAUCUUCAGCGGCUUUCUCUGGAGAGAAAUGAAGCACUGAGGAACAAAACUAUGGAAAAACAUGAUGACUCACUUCAGACUCCUCAAUAGCAAACCACUGAGUGAGCAGCGAGAAACAGGAAACACACCAAGAACUGAUGCCCCCGCUGAAAGUUUUGAAACAUCAACUCCGUAACAUCGGUGAUAGUCAAAUCAAUAGUCAAAGACUGAACAGCACCUGGAGGCAUGCUGGGUUCUGGUGAUUCAGUUCAUUUCUUCAUUACAUGUAUUGCAAACUGUAGGGUAAGAUCAGGGCAGCUAAAUGGAAAAUAUUCAUACGAAGUAACUUUCUUUGUCUAAGAAAGCUAAUUACACCAAGGAUUAAUUUAGCCAGACUAAUGGUAGUAAGUGUCAUCAGUUUUGUUUGAGUCAUUUGUUUUGAUGGAAUUUCCCUUUGACAUAUAGCCUCAGCAUGCCUGUGGGUCACAGAGCAUGGGGAAUAUGUACAUGAGGGUUUCCAGCAGUGCCCGAGGGUCUGACAAACAUUACAUUGGUGGAAAGAUGAUGUGUAAAUGAUUGGAGGUUAUUCUGCCUCUUACCUUUCCACACACAGAGCCAUUUUGUAUCCGCUCUAGGUCUGACAUGUUCUUACUGUUACAAUACCUCAAAUGCCUUAUUUGCCUUUGUCAUAGGAUUCUUGCCUGGCUGAUCUCAGCCACAUAGCAGAGCCUAGUUUUGGGACACCCUUGUCCCCCACAGCUGCUUCCCAGCAGCCUGUACAGGGUUCACAGGAGGUAGGUGCUUUAAGUUCUGUCUUUUCCCCUCACAGAGCUGUAGUCCAGGUUGUAGUAGGAGGCCUUUCCAGGGAGCAUGGGCCUCUUGAGCUGCCUGUGUCAUCUCAGGACCAGUGGGAGCUGUAUUGGCCCACACAGGCAGCUCACAAACAGGGCCGUGCUUAGUGCUGGGCUGGAGAAAGAGAUAUAGUGUUUCUUUGCCUACAUUCUGUUCCUCACAUCUCAGUGGCAUGUACUUGUGUGAAUGCACACAGAGUUCAGAGCAUCCUAGUUUAGUGUUACAUGAAUUGUCCAUUGAGCAAGAUGUGGUGCAGCUCAGGUUAGAAGCAGAUUGGCUGGAGAUUGAUUAUAGCAGGUUAUUUCUGUGAAUAUGUUUCCCUCCAGUUGUGUAGUCUCAGAGUAGCUGUGAAACUGAGAAUGACUAACUAAAAUGUAUUUUGUAAGUAUGGGAUGUCUCCCUGUUUGUAAACUUUUUCUUACACAUUUGAAGAACUUUAUCUUUGACGUAAAAACUAAAAUGCAUGCUAGCUUUCUGACUGUAUUCUGUCAGGUAACUCCCCAGUACCUCUGUUUGUAUUGCUGUGAUACUCUGACAGUUGUGCUUGAUCAGUAAACAGGCACUUUGGACCCUC